AUGUCCACGGUCGGGCUCAUGCUUGGCGCUAAGAUCCAGCUGGCGCCUGGCCGCGGACACCACCGAUGCAUACUCCUCUACUGCGACAGUAUCAUGACCUCCACGAUAUCCUUUGGCGACGCGAAUGCCGGUUUCCAGGCGGGCGUCAUCCACGGCGACGUCCACCAUCAUCCUCCGCACGAGCGACCGGAGACUCCUCCCAGCCCGUCCGCCCACAUCCCCUUCCGCCGCGACGCGAACUUUGUCGACCGUGGAACGCUGCUCGAUCAGAUACGCCAACAAUGCUCAGCGCCAGCAUCGCGAGUAGCACUGGUGGGCUUGGGCGGCGUGGGGAAGUCGCAGCUUGCUAUUGAGCACUGCUAUCGCACCGCAGAGCAAUCGCCGGAGACGUGGGUGUUCUGGGCGCACGCCAGCAACGCAGCCCGGCUCGUGCAAAGCUUCCGAGACAUAGCGGACCAAGCCAAGGUUCGCGGCCGGAACGACCUACGGGCGGACGUGUUCAAGCUAGUUCACGACUGGCUCCGCGACGAGAAGCACGGAAAGUGGUUGCUGGUCGUUGACAACGCUGACGAUGCUGACGUUCUCUCCCAACUACCGAGCAGUAGCAAAGACGCCUCCUUGCACGACCUAUCAAGCUAUCUGCCCCCAAGCAGGCACGGCUCGGUUCUCGUGACCAGUCGAACAAAGCAGGCGGCAUCGCGGCUUGUAGAGAAGAGCGAUAUCAUCCAAAUCGAGCCGAUGGACGAUGCAGGCGCACGAGCUCUUCUUAACAAGAAGCUGGGAGACACGGUCAACAAGGACGGCAUGGCCGACCUGGCGGCGGCGCUGGAGUACAUGCCGCUCGCUCUUGUGCAGGCGGCAGCGUACAUCCAGAAACGGGCACCGCGAUGUUCGGUGCGGCAGUACUUGGAAGAGUUUGAGAAGAGCGACAAGAAAAAGACGAGUCUACUCGACUACGAAGCGGGAAAUCUUCGCAGAGAUGGGGAGGCUAGGAACUCCAUUAUUAUAACAUGGCAGAUCUCGUUCGAUCACAUACGCAGUGCACGACAAUCGGCCGCCGAUCUGCUGUCGCUUAUGAGCUUUUUCGACCGACAGGGAAUUCCGGAAGCACUGCUUCGGGGCCAGGGCGGCACAGGGGAGGGGCAUGCGAGGUUAAGGACGGACGAGAAGAGUGAUGAAGAGAGCGAGGAGGAGGAUAGUGCGUCGGAAGACAGCAUUGACGACGGAUUUGAAGAUGACGUUUCUACGCUACGAGACUACUGCUUCAUCUCCGUCGCAGCUGAUGUGGCUACGUUUGAGAUGCAUAGGCUAGUGCAGUUAGCCACCCAAAAGUGGCUUAAAGGGCAGGGGCAACUUGAACGCUGGAAGCAGCAGUUUAUUGCCAAUCUCUGCGCGGAGUUUCCGACAGGGCAUUAUGAGAACUGGGGAAAGUGCCAGACGCUUCUUCCCCACGCGGCGUCGGCGCUAGCACAGAAACCGAAGAACGAAGAGUCGCUUAUGAAGUGGGCUUUGCUACUGUACAACGCGGCAUGGUACGUGUGGCAGAGAGGAAGCGUAGGCGAGGUAGAGGAGAUGUCAACGCGAUCGAUGAAAGCAAGGAUAAGGUUGUUUGGGAAGGAGAGCGCGGAGACUUUAAGCAGUAUGGCAAUGCUAGGAUUAGCAAAGACGCUCAAGGGACAGUGGAAGGAGGCAGAAGAGCUGGAGGUGCAAGUAAUGGAGACGAGCAAGAGGGUGCUUGGGGAGGAGCAUCCGGACACGCUGAUUAGCAUGGGCAACCUGGCGUCGACGUACUGGAAUCAGGGGCGGCGGAAAGAGGCAGAAGAGCUAGAGGUGCAAGUAAUAGAGGCAAGAAAGAGGGUGCUUGGGGAGGAGCAUCCACACACGCUAAUUAGCAUGGGCAACCUGGCGUUGACGUACUGGAACCAGGGCCGGUGGAAGGAGGCGGAAGAGCUAGGGGUGCAAGUAAUGGAGACGUUCAAGAGGGUGCUUGGGGAGGAGCAUCCACACACGCUAGCCAGCAUGGGCAACCUGGCGUUGACGUACUGGAACCAGGGCCAGUGGAAGAAGGCGGAAGAGCUGGAGGUGCAAGUAAUAGAGACGAGAAAGAGGGUGCUUAGGGAGGAGCAUCCAGACACGCUAGCCAGCAUGGGCAACCUGGCGUUGACGUACAGGAACCAGGGCCAGCGGAAGAAGGCGGAAGAGCUGGAUGUGCAAGUAAUAGAGGCGAGAAAGAGGGUGCUUGGGGAGGAGCAUCCAGACACGCUGAUUAGCAUGGGCAACCUGGCGUUGACGUACUGGAACCAGGGCCGGUGGAAGGAGGCGGAAGAGCUAGGGGUGCAAGUAAUAGAGGCGAGAAAGAGGGUGCUUGGGGAGGAGCAUCCACACACGCUAGCCAGCAUGGGCAACCUGGCGUCGACGUACAGGAAUCAGGGCCGGUGGAAGGAGGCGGAAGAGCUAGGGGUGCAAGUAAUGGAGACGUUCAAGAGGGUGCUUGGGGAGGAGCAUCCGGACACGCUGAUGGCUACGGGUAAUCUCGCCUUCACGCUCAAGUCCCAGAGCCACAACAAGGAGGCCAUCUCAUUGAUGGAAGCAUGCUUUCAGCAGCGGAAGCAGAUUCUUGGCGAUCAUCAUCCAGACACAGAGUCGUCGCUUGAAGCAUUAAAUAAGUGGCAGAUGGAGGACAUGAAGAUAGGACAUUGAUGCUGCUUUAAGUGUAGAAUAUAAAGCUAGUGCGAAAGUAGAGGGGCAUGAUAUGUAAGCAUGAUUAUGAGUGAUAUCUAACGGUAAUCCGAGCGAUUUGGCAGUGGCGAUUGCUACCAAGGCAGGGAGGGCGGCCGACCCGCUCUGGCCACAGGGUUGCGCCGGAGGCGCUUGAUUAUCAGUGUGUUGGUGAUAGAGUCAAGCGCGUGAUAGCCAUUAAGUGUAG